ACAGUCUCUAAUCCAAUAACAAUUAUUGUCUAUUAACGGUGAGAUAAGGUAAGCAAUGUUCUCUAUCUAAGUACGGUUAUCUAAGUAAGAUGAAGAUAAGGAACUUUAUAAUCGCUUAUUAUAGAGCUUUAAUUAUUUUUUGCGCCAAAAUGAAAUUCUUUGUUUUUGAUAAAUACAUGACCUGGUCAAUAAAGUAUGGCUUCCUUCAUUUACCCAACAUUCACUAUGCGUUUAAAAAAGUUGCUAUUGUAUUAAUUUUCAUUCUUAAACAUCUCAAUACUCAUUAUGCUUUUCAAUAAGUCUUCUCCUUGGGAUCAUGACUCAUUAGGAUAUUCACCUCAAUUUCAUGUCUACUAUUGUUAUAAAUAGUUUUUUACUCCAGACAUAACCUAAACCACGAUGAAAGCUAACGAUCCUGAGAUGCCGCCUAGCUAUGAAUCUUCAACUGCCCAAAAGUCAUCUUGGUUCUCUAUUCAGAAGGAAUAUGUUACUACUAUUCCUGGAAUUCUAAAAAUAGCUCAGAUGGUCAUUUCAAUGAUAGCAUUUAUAUCCUCCAUGGUUGAUCCGUGGGCUGGAGCUGGAUGGGUAAGGUUUGCUACCAUAAGUGCAUUUAUUGGAACUCUCAUAUACUUUCUACUCUAUUUAUUGAACUACUACCAACGUAUUCCUGGGCCUUGGACCCUGGUGGAAUUCGUUUACUACUGUGUAUAUACGGUUUUCCUAUUUAUUUCGGCAUGUGUAUCAGCGGCUAAAGGUGGGGUCUUUGACUCAGCAGCAGCCUCUGCGUUUUUUUGCUUCUUGGCAACGGCAGUCUAUGGAGUUGAUUGCUUUUUCAAGUUUAAAGUCCUCAGGAGCGAGCGAGCUGCUGCUGCUGCAGGGGGUCCCAGAGGAGUACAAGCCGGUACGACUGUCACUACCACUCAGACUACGACUACAGUUGAAAGAGUGGAAACUUAUUAA